CGCUAUCUGGAGUGGACAUGUGUUUCAGGUUGCUCAAUCGAGCUCAGGAUCUCUGAUCUCAGUCCCACACAAGCAGACAUGGCUGCUGACAAGGAUCCAUUCAGGCAGCUGAAAGACCUGUCUCUGCUUAAAGACCAGCUCGAUAACAUUCAGCGUCGGGUGGAGGAUGAAGUCGGAGUUGGGAUUCCACAGGGUGGAAGUGUGCUCAGUUCUCCUUUCCUCAAGGGCUUUUUGGCUGGGUAUGUGGUGGCAAAGCUCCGCUCCUCUGCAGUCCUGGGAGUUCUUGUAGGAACCUGCACAGGCAUCUAUGCUGCUCAGAGCUAUCAAGUGCCUAACGUUGAGCAGUCAAUAAAAAAUUACUUCAGCUCAUUCAAGAAGAGAUAGAGAGAGCCAAAAUGAUACAAUCUCAGAAAUGGUGCCUCAUCCAAAAACUUCAACAUGUACCUCAACUGAGUAGGUUAGCAGUUUUAUAUAGUUUUCUGUUUAAAAUGGGUUAGGUCUGUGCUGUUACAGCAGCUUAUUUUUUGAAAGUCCUUAAUAUGCUUGUCUGUUACAUAAAUAUUUUUUCUUUUAAAUAGAGGUUUGCGCUAAAACAGGUGAACAAUCAGGCACAACACACUUUGUAUAUAAUGUCUGGCAUUGAGCAAUUCCUCUACCUGUCAAAUGUCAGAGAUUGCUGGACUUGAGUAGAUGAAGCCUUUUAUACAUUUGUUGGAUAAAUAAAUGUUGCACUUUUCCACACUCAACUAUUCCACUUCCGCUUGUAUUGAAUAUGAAUGGAAGUCAGCAUUUUAGAAGUGAAAUAGAAAACAGGAAGCAGUCCAGUUAGAGGAUGAGUACUGAUUUUCAUCCAGUUGGUUUUCAGAUGGGAGUAUUGAAUUCAGUGGUGUGGUUUUAAAGUGUAAUCCAUAUUAUAAUGCAUACCUUUUCUAUUUAAAGAAUUAUUUCAGAAGAAAACUUUUGAGUAAUAAGAAUUAUUUUCCUUUGCUUUAUGUGAGUAAAAUUUUUUUUUUUUUUUUUUUGGCAUGCCUUAUGAUAUUAUUUGCCAUAAUGUGUGAUAUAUUUUUGGAUAUAUUAUUUUACAUACAUUGCAUUUGUUUUUACAAGAAUUUUUUUAAAAGUAUUUUAAUGAACAAAACCUUAAAUUGGGUCAAGAAAAUGUAUGGUAAAUUAUUUUUAUUUGGAAUAAAAUAAGAGGCAAAGAGACAAAUCCUUAAACAUGUUUUGGAAUGUCUGACCAUGAUAUACAAUUCAGUAUCCUUUUAGUAGGAUAAAAUCCCGUAUGCACCCCUCUUAUACCAUCAGAACAAUAUCAGAGAUAUUGCCAAAGCAUUGGCCAUUUCAUGAGCAAUGAAUUAAAUAAGUAAAUAAAUGGAAUCAUGUUUUAUAAACAAGAAAUAAGAAAGUGAUCAAUGUAUAUGAAAUACACUGAGACAUAUUAAGAAAGUCAUUUUGUCCGCAGACUGACUUAGUUUGUGGCAAGCUGGAGUUUUCUCCCAAUGUAUGUCUUAAUUUUUCUGGAUUUGGUAGGGACAUAAAAUUAGGUGAAAUUUUGGGAAGUAGAUGGAAUGUUCUGAUAGUGGUGCAGUAGGAAGUGCUCUUCAGUUUCCACAGUAAACCCAGUCUGUGGAAUGGCGGCUGCCAUCCCUUCUCUCUAAAAGCCAAACAGUGAUCACUCUGUAUUUGGUUAGUGUCUUUCUCACGUCAUGCUCUCUCACGCAGCGCUGCUGGUUUGUUAUCUCUUUUCAGUUGUACAUAGAGGUCCAUCUUUUUUUGUCAUUUCUCUAUGUGUGUUCUAGGCUUAAUUACAAAUGUUAAUUUAAAAAUCCUAAAAUAUUUGCAAAGCAUCUUUGGGGCCAUGCAAGAAAAAUCAGCCUUUAGACAUUGCCAUACAACUUAAAGUUACAGGAAUUCGUCUAAACCAGACACAAAGCACACAAGUAGUUAGUAAUUCAUUUUAUUGUCCUUCUUUGUUAGCUAUCCAUCAUCCGUUUUCAGCUAUCCAUCAUCCGAUUUCAGCUAUCCUUCUAUAUAUUACUUAUCUCUCUUGAUCCAUUUUACACUCAAAAUAAAUUCACAUUAAAAGUUAGUUUAAAAAAAAA